AUGGUGGCAGAUACCGCAUACUACGACGCCCUGGGCGUCAAGCCCACCGCCACCGACAUCGAGAUCAAGAAGGCCUACCGCAAGCUGGCCAUCCUGCACCACCCGGACAAGAACCCCGACGACCCCACCGCCCACGAGAAGUUUCAGGUCAUCGGCGAGGCCUACCAGGUGCUGUCCGACAAGGAGCUGCGCGCCGCGUACGACAAGUAUGGCAAGGACAGCGCCAAGCCCGGCGACGGCUUCGUCGACCCGGCCGAGUUCUUCUCCAGCAUCUUCGGGGGCGACGCCUUCAUCGACUGGGUCGGCGAGAUCAGCCUGAUGAAGGACCUGACCGCCACCAUGGACAUCACCAUGUCCGGUGAGGAGGAGGAGGAGGCCGCCGCUGCUGCUGCCGCCGCCGCCGCCGCUGGCGGUGACGACGAGUUCCCCGGCACCGAGGACGCCAUGCGCGAGAGCGCCAAGGAGUCGGCUGCUACGGACGCCAAGGCCCCUGCCGCAGAACCAAAGGUCCCCGCCGUCCACGUCGAAGAAGAAAAGGAGACGAAGAAGGCCGAAGCGGCGUCUGCGGGCACUGCCCCGGAACCGGCUGCGCCGCCGCCCUACAAACGCGAAAAGUCGCCCGCCCCGAGCGGCGCAUCCACCCCCUCCAGGCACGCCAUACCCAUCCGCCCGGCCCUCAUGGACCGGCCGAGCGACGACACGCAUCUGGCGGGCCAGACGGAGGAGGAGAAGGAGCUGCGCAAGAAGGAAAAGAAGAAGGGGGGUCUCAGCAAGGAGCAGCGCGAGCAGCUGGCCGCCUAUGAGAAGGAGCGCGCCAAGAUCCGCGAGGAGCGCGUGAGCAACCUGGUCCAGAAGCUGCAGGACCGGAUCAGCGUGUGGACCGAGACGGACAAGGGCCCCGACGUCACACACGCCUUCCAGGAGAAGAUCCGGAUCGAGGUCGAGAACCUGAAGAUGGAGAGCUUCGGCCUCGACAUCCUGCACGCCAUCGGCCAGGUCUACAUGAGCAAGGCCACCGGCCUGCUCAAGAGCCAGAAGUUCCUGGGCAUCGGCGGCUUCUUCAGCCGCAUGCGCGACAAGGGCACCCUGGUCAAGGACACCUGGAACACCAUCUCCAGCGCGCUGGACGCUCAGCAGACCAUGGAGGAGAUGGCUCGCUUGGAGCAGGCCGGCGGCGACGACUGGACCGACGAGAAGAAGGUCGAGUACGAGAGGCGGGUCACCGGCAAGAUCCUCACGGCGGCCUGGAGGGGGUCCAAGUUCGAGAUCCAGAGCGUGCUGCGCGACGUGUGCGACAGCGUCCUGAACGACAAGAAGGUGCCGCUGAACAAGCGGCUGGAGAGAGCCCAGGCGCUGGUGCUGAUCGCCGACAUCUGCUCAAAGGCCCAGAGAUCGCCCGAGGAGGAGGGCGAGUACAUGGCGUUCGAGCAGCUCGUCGCCGAGGCCGCCAUCAAGAAGGAGAAGGAGAAGGAUUCCAAGAAGAAGGGCAAGGAAAAGGACAAGAAGCACGACGCUCACGAGCCCGAGCCCGCCGAGGCCGCCAACCUGCCCCGGGAGAAGUCGUAG